AUGCUAUCUAGUCACGCGGCAGGACUUCCCCCGCCGGUGUCGCCUUUUCGCCCGAAUCUCGAUGCAUUGAAGCUGGACAUCAGUGACGAUGAAGAUGAACUAGAAGUGGACCCGCAGAUGGAUAAUGUUCUGGGAAAUGGCAAGGCAGUUGGGAGCCCUGGAUUAUCGUUGAAUUCUCUCGGUACUGGUGACUUGCAUACGGCAGACGAAUCCCCUCGACCACGCGCAAGCACACUUGCUCAAGGCGGCAAUGUGCUCCAGACGGCGCUCCCUCCCCUUGUGACCAACCGGCCAUUUCUGCGGACGGCAUCUCAGCCUGCGGGAGCACUUGGCAUUUCCCCUACGUCUGAGCAAUACAGCCCCGAUGGUCUCGCUCCGCCCCGCACCGGCAGUUUGAAACGCACACUUGUUCCCGCUGCGAGCCGAGCAGCACCUGCAAGGCCAUUGUCCGAAGUUACGCCCCUAAACACGCGGAGACCGCUUCUUAGCGCUAGCGCUCAUGCUGGCAAAUUUCUCUCUCGGCCCGGCAACGGCAGGAUAAGCCCUCCUCGACGCGUUCUUGUCAAAGAUCAACCAGCAGAAGAGCCGGAGACUGACGAGGAGGAGCGUGAGCAGCAGCAAAUACCUUAUCCGAUUGCCCCACGAGCCUCGGAAAGAAAUCACGUUCUGAGACCCAAGAGUACGCCUGAACACCCUGGUCGCUCCCUCGGUCGCUCCAUGUCUACGCCUGAUGCUGGACUUCGACAAAUGCCAAUUUCCCCCAUACCCAUAUCCCCGAUCGAAAGCCCCAUACACGAGCCAAAGCCCCCUUCACCCCAUCACGACCCUCACCCAUUGGCCACAUCUUCCGCAUUAGCCAAAACUAGUACUUCGUCGCUCGCUUCGACUGCCUCUUCGCUCCGCGGCGGAGUCGGAUCUGUCAAGGCACGUUUACAGGACUGGAAAUCCUCCAUCGGAAGCUGGUCAAAAGGUUCUCGGUCUCGGCCCCCCAUCCCUGGGAGACCAUCCAUCGAAAGCAUGCAGCCCAAGCAUAGUAUUGACUCUCUUCGCGAGAGUCUACGACAGUCCUUUGACCGACCGAGCUUUGAUACUGUUCGUCCCGGCCUGGAUCCCAUUCUUUCACCUGGUGCACCCGACCUGGCACUCGACCAUGCCCAACCUGAAGACGAGCAUGGUUAUGUAGGGAGAGGGUACGAUCCGCCUCCUCAGCCCCGAAGUAUGUCCUCGGUAGGAUGGAACGAACGGCCAAGCACGAGUUCAGGUUACUAUGCCCAGCCGCAAGUCAAAUCGGUUCAAAACCACCAUGAACACGUUCGACGAACGUCUGAAACCUUGCGACCAUCUCCGCUUGAUACACCUCCAUCCAACAAAUCCCCGCUCAGUUCACUACGACAUAAACGUAGUCCCACGGCGCCAUCGCCCCCUACCAGCACCGUUAUCGCACGUGAAAAGGAGAACAGAGGUGGGCAGCUGUGGCAGGAACGCGAGAGAGAGAGGUCAGACCCGGUGGAUUAUGGUCGAGACGAUGGGAAAAUGUUGGAGAGGGAGCGCGAGCGGUUGAGAGAGGUCGAUAAUCGAAACCGAGCCGAUUCGAGAGCUGACGUUAGGGACCCAAGGGCAGACGCAGACAGGAUGGAGAGGGACGUGAGGCCCGCGAGCUCACUUGGGUUAUUACCUGGGACUUCACAACGGGAAGGAGUUUUACCGGCCAAGCGAGAUAGAUUUAUUUGUAACAAACAAGAAUAUACAGUUGUAGACUGUAUCGGCCGUGGGGGCUCUUCGAAAGUCUACAAAGUAAUCUCCCCGAACAACAAAAUAUACGCCUUGAAACGGGUCCGGCUCGACUCUAAAGUGGACGAGGAGACCAUGCGGGGAUACGUCAACGAGAUGCAGCUCCUUAAGCGAUUAGACGGGAACGAACGAAUCAUCAAAUUGAUUGAUUCCCAGGCUGUCGGUCGAGGGGGCAGAUACUUGAUGAUGGUCAUGGAACUCGGCGAGAUUGACUUGGCCAAGCUGUUGGCGGAAAAACAAGGGACACGUCUGCAGCCGCACUGGAUUGCCAUAUACUGGCAACAGAUGCUCGAAGCCGUUCAGACAAUUCAUGAAGAGAAGAUAGUCCACUCUGACCUCAAGCCUGCGAACUUUGUGCUCGUAAAAGGCUCGCUAAAGCUCAUCGAUUUUGGAAUUGCCAAAGCCAUUGCGAACGACACGACGAACAUUCAGCGCGAGCAUCAAGUUGGAACAUUGAACUAUAUGAGUCCUGAGAGUAUUGAAGAGACCCAGACUGCGAAUGGAAGGAGACUAAAGCUCGGCCGCGCGAGUGAUGUCUGGUCCCUCGGCUGCAUCCUAUAUCAAAUGAUAUACGGCCGCCCACCUUUUUACUCUAUUACUGGCGCCGUCCCCAAACUCCGCGCCAUAUCCGAUCCCAACCACGUAAUUGAUUAUCCUUCAGAGUCUAUUCCUGCCGUUCCCGCGACCGACAAAGAAGGUCCGAGGCAGAUACCCGAGUGGGCGACACCGGUACCAACGGAUGUCGUCAACACACUGAAGGGCUGUUUGACCCGCGAUCCGAAGCAGCGAAGUACGAUACCAGACCUCUUGGAUGACCCGUGGCUCAGGAGUUGGAAACACACCACCGCCCCCCAACCCGAAACCCCGAAGCUCAAAGAAAAUGAAGCUAUCGUGACUGAGGCAUGGUUGAAGCAAAUCAUUGAGCAUGCGUCGAAAGAAGCCAUUGAAAACGGGGCAUUGGACGAGGAGGCAGUUCAACAAAUGGCUCAGAACCUACUUCCCGCGCUUCGGUUAGCAAAUACAAAGCACCCCGCAUACAGCAAGUUUUGUUAG